GCUGGACAGGGAAGCGGCUAUGGCCAGGGCGCAGGAGCAGGACAGGGAAGCGGCGCUGGAGCAGGACAGGGAAGCGGCGCUGGAGCAGGACAGGGAAGCGGCUAUGGCCAGGGCGCUGGAGCAGGACAGGGAAGCGGCUAUGGCCAGGGCGCAGGAGCAGGACAGGGAAGCGGCGCAGGAGCAGGACAGGGAAGCGGCGCAGGAGCAGGACAGGGAAGCGGCGCAGGAGCAGGACAGGGAAGCGGCUAUGGCCAGGGCACAGGAGCAGGACAGGGACGCGGCGCAGGAGCAGGACAGGGACGCGGCGCAGGAGCAGGACAGGGACGCGGCGCAGGAGCAGGACAGGGACGCGGCGCAGGAGCUGGACAGGGAAGCGGCUAUGGCCAGGGCACAGGAGCAGGACAGGGAAGCGGCGCUGGAGCAGGAGCAGGACAGGGAAGCGGCGCUGGAGCAGGACAGGGAAGCGGCGCUGGAGCAGGAGCAGGACAGGGAAGCAGCGCUGGCCAGGGCGCUGGAGCAGGAGCCGGACAGGGAAGUGGCGCUGGAGCAGGGGCCGGACAGGGAAGCGGCGCUGGCCAGGGCGCAGGAGCCGGACAGGGAAGCGGCGCUGGAGCAGGAGCAGGACAGGGAAGCGGCGCUGGCCAGGGCGCUGGAGCAGGACAGGGAAGCGGCGCUGGCCAGGGCGCUGGAGCAGGACAGGGAAGCGGCUAUGGCCAGGGCGCUGGAGCAGGAGCAGGACCGGGAAGCGGCGCAGGAGCAGGACAGGGAAGCGGCGCUGGCCAGGGCGCUGGAGCAGGAGCCGGACAGGGAAGUGGCGCUGGAGCAGGAGCCGGACAGGGAAGUGGCGCUGGAGCAGGACAGGGAAGCGGCUAUGGCCAGGGCGCUGGAGCAGGACAGGGAAGCGGCGCUGGAGCAGGACAGGGAAGCGGCUAUGGCCAGGGCGCUGGAGCAGGACAGGGAAGCGGCGCUGGCCAGGGCGCUGGAGCAGGACAGGGAAGUGGCGCUGGAGCAGGACAGGGAAGCGGCUAUGGCCAGGGCGCUGGAGCAGGACAGGGAAGCGGCGCUGGAGCAGGACAGGGAAGCGGCUAUGGCCAGGGCGCUGGAGCAGGACAGGGAAGCGGCUAUGGCCAGGGCGCUGGAGCAGGACAGGGAAGCGGCGCUGGAGCAGGACAAGGAAGCGGCUAUGGCCAGGGCGCUGGAGCAGGACAGGGAAGCGGCGCAGGAGCAGGACAGGGAAGCGGCUAUGGCCAGGGCGCAGGAGCAGGACAGGGAAGCGGCGCAGGAGCAGGACAGGGAAGCGGCGCAGGAGCUGGACAGGGAAGCGGCUAUGGCCAGGGCGCAGGAGCUGGACAGGGAAGCGGCUAUGGCCAGGGCGCAGGAGCUGGACAGGGAAGCGGCGCUGGAGCAGGACAGGGAAGCGGCGCUGGAGCAGGACAGGGAAGCGGCGCUGGAGCAGGACAGGGAAGCGGCUAUGGCCAGGGCGCUGGAGCAGGACAGGGAAGCGGCUAUGGCCAGGGCGCAGGAGCAGGACAGGGAAGCGGCGCAGGAGCAGGACAGGGAAGCGGCGCAGGAGCAGGACAGGGAAGCGGCGCAGGAGCAGGACAGGGAAGCGGCGCAGGAGCAGGACAGGGAAGCGGCGCAGGAGCAGGACAGGGAAGCGGCUAUGGCCAGGGCACAGGAGCAGGACAGGGAAGCGGCGCUGGAGCAGGACAGGGAAGCGGCGCUGGAGCAGGACAGGGAAGCGGCGCUGGAGCAGGACAGGGAAGCGGCUAUGGCCAGGGCGCAGGAGCAGGACAGGGAAGCGGUGCAGGAGCAGGACAGGGAAGCGGCGCAGGAGCAGGACAGGGAAGCGGCGCAGGAGCAGGACAGGGAAGCGGCGCAGGAGCUGGACAGGGAAGCGGCUAUGGGAAGCGGCGCAGGAGCUGGACAGGGAAGCGGCUAUGGCCAGGGCGCAGGAGCUGGACAGGGAAGCGGCUAUGGCCAGGGCGCAGGAGCAGGACAGGGAAGCGGCGCUGGAGCAGGACAGGGAAGCGGCGCUGGAGCAGGACAGGGAAGCGGCUAUGGCCAGGGCGCUGGAGCAGGACAGGGAAGCGGCUAUGGCCAGGGCGCAGGAGCAGGACAGGGAAGCGGCGCAGGAGCAGGACAGGGAAGCGGCGCAGGAGCAGGACAGGGAAGCGGCGCAGGAGCAGGACAGGGAAGCGGCUAUGGCCAGGGCACAGGAGCAGGACAGGGACGCGGCGCAGGAGCAGGACAGGGACGCGGCGCAGGAGCAGGACAGGGACGCGGCGCAGGAGCAGGACAGGGACGCGGCGCAGGAGCUGGACAGGGAAGCGGCUAUGGCCAGGGCACAGGAGCAGGACAGGGAAGCGGCGCUGGAGCAGGAGCAGGACAGGGAAGCGGCGCUGGAGCAGGACAGGGAAGCGGCGCUGGAGCAGGAGCAGGACAGGGAAGCAGCGCUGGCCAGGGCGCUGGAGCAGGAGCCGGACAGGGAAGUGGCGCUGGAGCAGGGGCCGGACAGGGAAGCGGCGCUGGCCAGGGCGCAGGAGCCGGACAGGGAAGCGGCGCUGGAGCAGGAGCAGGACAGGGAAGCGGCGCUGGCCAGGGCGCUGGAGCAGGACAGGGAAGCGGCGCUGGCCAGGGCGCUGGAGCAGGACAGGGAAGCGGCUAUGGCCAGGGCGCUGGAGCAGGAGCAGGACCGGGAAGCGGCGCAGGAGCAGGACAGGGAAGCGGCGCUGGCCAGGGCGCUGGAGCAGGAGCCGGACAGGGAAGUGGCGCUGGAGCAGGAGCCGGACAGGGAAGUGGCGCUGGAGCAGGACAGGGAAGCGGCUAUGGCCAGGGCGCUGGAGCAGGACAGGGAAGCGGCGCUGGAGCAGGACAGGGAAGCGGCUAUGGCCAGGGCGCUGGAGCAGGACAGGGAAGCGGCGCUGGCCAGGGCGCUGGAGCAGGACAGGGAAGUGGCGCUGGAGCAGGACAGGGAAGCGGCUAUGGCCAGGGCGCUGGAGCAGGACAGGGAAGCGGCGCUGGAGCAGGACAGGGAAGCGGCUAUGGCCAGGGCGCUGGAGCAGGACAGGGAAGCGGCUAUGGCCAGGGCGCUGGAGCAGGACAGGGAAGCGGCGCUGGAGCAGGACAAGGAAGCGGCUAUGGCCAGGGCGCUGGAGCAGGACAGGGAAGCGGCGCUGGCCAGGGUGCUGGAACAGGAGCAGGACAGGGAAGUGGAGCUGGAGCAGGAGCCGGACAGGGAAGUGGCGCUGGAGCAGGACAUGGAAGCGGCGCUGGAGCAGGACAGGGAAGCGGCUAUGGCCAGGGCGCUGGAGCAGGACAGGGAAGCGGCUAUGGCCAGGGCGCAGGAGCAGGACAGGGAAGCGGCUAUGGCCAGGGCGCUGGAGCAGGACAGGGAAGCGGCGCUGGAGCAGGACAGGGAAGCGGCGCUGGAGCAGGACAGGGAAGCGGCUAUGGCCAGGGCGCUGGAGCAGGACAGGGAAGCGGCGCUGGAGCAGGACAGGGAAGCGGCUAUGGCCAGGGCGCUGGAGCAGGACAGGGAAGCGGCUAUGGCCAGGGCGCUGGAGCAGGACAGGGAAGCGGCUAUGGCCAGGGCGCUGGAGCAGGACAGGGAAGCGGCUAUGGCCAGGGCGCUGGAGCAGGACAGGGAAGCGGCGCUGGAGCAGGACAAGGAAGCGGCUAUGGCCAGGGCGCUGGAGCAGGAGCAGGACAGGGAAGUGGUCAAGGGAAGUGUCGGGGAUGUGGCAAAGGUCAAUGUCGCCUUUAGGGACAUGUUCAUGGGAAUUUUGCAUAAUACUUUCUGGGGGUCUUUUCCAAUUCUUUUGUUCAGAUGUCAUGUUUUCCCUGUUUGCUCAAACUGUUUAGAAAGAUUUUCUGACUCUCUCUACCACUACUAUCACCUCAAAUAAAUAAAAAAUUGCUUGAUUUGAA